CAGGACGGCAGGACCUAGAUGUAGUCAAAUUUUGCAAUUUUUUGUUUAGUAGACUUUCCGCUUUAUAAAUUUUCAUUCUACGCACACAGCAAAGGGAACUAACUCCUUAAAAUAUGGCUGCCCGUGCACAAGGGUGCACUUGGUUUCAAAAAGAAUUGAGUGUUGGCUCAAGGAAGAGGGGUUGUCACAAUAUCACAGAUGAAAUAAAAAGGGGUUUACCUGAAGUUAGUCAAGUUCAAAUAGGAUUGUUGAAUAUAAACAUUAAACAUACAUCAGCAAGUUUAGUCUUAAAUGAGUGCUGGGAUUCUGAUGUUAGGGUGGAUAUGGAAAUGAUGUUAAAUAAACUUAUACCUGAGGGUUUAAAUUACAAACAUUCUUGUGAAGGACCUGAUGAUAUGCCAGCCCACAUAAAAGCAGCGUUAUUAGGAAGUAGUGUAACUAUACCUAUUACUCAAGGUCAGUUAAACCUUGGAACGUGGCAAGGUGUAUGGUUAUGUGAACACAGAGAUAGAGCUAGUUCAAGACACUUAGUAUGUACAAUACAGGGCGCAACAAAAUAAAUUAUUGAUUAAUAUCAUA